GGGCAGUGUCGUAGUGUUUGUGUUUUUUCGCUUGGAGAACUCUAUACCCCGAAUAGGCUGUUAAGCAUGUUGGAUGAGCGUGCGAUUUAUUUUCAGUGCUUGAUGUCAUUUAGCCCUAUUUGUGCUAUGAAUUCAUUUUCCUUUUUGUAGUAGUAUAGUAAAGUUAGCCCUUUUCACUGACAAUUGCUUUAUUUUUGUUGUGCUCCGGCCCUCCGGAUUAAACAUUUUGUUGUGUUAUUGAUCAAACAUUUUUUCUAGUUGAACGGUUUCGUUACUUACUAAAAAUGGAGUUAAGCACAGCGGCAAAAUCAACCGAGGAAGCCUUUAAACAGGAACCGGUAGACAUCAUAGAGUUUCCACUUGUGAAAUCGAACGUUACGGUCUGUUCCAAGGACGCUCAGGAGAUACCUCUGGAAAAGCAAAUCAAUCUCUUCUGCCGACUAUGUUUACGGCAGCUACCGAACAUGUUUCCGCUGUUGUCACGCAUUAACGGUGUUAUGCUGCCGGAAAUGGUUCUGGUCGUUAUGGGCGUCAACAUAAACUACCGAGAUGGGCUCCCCAAGAUGGUCUGCAUGAACUGCCUCACUAAGUUGGAUUAUGCGUACAAUGUUAGAGAAGAAUUUUUGGCAAGCUAUAAAACUCUUAAAUCGUUUGCUGAGCAAAAAAAAGCGGGGCUUGUUGAGAGCCUUAAUAAUUACCAAAAAGAAGCUCGGGUGGCAAGCGAAACAUAUGCUGAAUCAAUUUUACGCCAAAAUCGUGAUGUUUUCACUACUCGGCAGAGUAGAGAGCAAGAAUAUAUUACGGAUCUAUCCGAUGAUAAACGGGUCGAACAUUUGGAAGAAUCAACAGUCAAUGAGAAACUUCCCACCAAUUUAAAUUUGGUACCACAAGAAAGUGAAACCGAUGAUACAAUUACCAAGGAAAUUAGCGCUUGUGGAAAAGACGACCAGAUGCAAAGUUCAGUUAGGAAAAAACCUCGAAAGCGUAGUAAUUACGAGCUUAAAGAUAUGGAGGUAAAGCUAGACCCCAACAGGUGCUACAUUUGUUCAAAGGAUUUCUCUUCCGAAGAGGAGUUGAAAAUGCAUCUGUCGGUACAUGCUUACAUGAUUCCGUACACAUGCCAGCAAUGUGCCGAAAAAGGUGGUCCUUCAAAAACGCUGACAUCUCUGAUUCUGCUUCACCGUCAUUUUAGGAUGCACGCAAGCCCCAUCGAAUGCCCAAAAUGUCCCUGGCGAGUGUGUACGGCAGUGGCUCUGUACGGUCACAUGCAGCUUUAUCAUCGAAAAGAUUCAAGAAGUGAAUUUACCUGUAAUGUAUGUGGUGUCAAGUUGGUGAAUAAGUGCUAUUUCGAUCGACACAUGGCUUCGCAUAAAGCAGUUGAAGAAGGGCGAUACGCUUGCUCGGUUUGUGGUCAUAAGUUUUCUACGAGUACACGGUUGAAUCGGCAUAUGCGAUCGCACACCAACGAGAAACCAUUUGACUGUCAAUAUUGUCCAAAGACUUUCACAACAAAAACUACUCUAAAUAUUCACGAACGAUCUCAUACUGGCGAGAAGGGCUUUUCUUGUGAGUUCUGUGGGGACACAUUUCGGUUUAGGUAUCACUUAAAAGAUCACAUCAGUGCACUGCAUCCGAAUAGCGCACCGGAACAAACGAAGAUCGAACCCAAUGCGAGGAGUCGGAACUUUUUUCCACAUGCUAUAAAGUGUGAGUUCGGGUGCGAUUUCAUUACCGACAACAAGGCGAAAUACUACACCCACAGGGCUAAGCACCUGCCAAAGUUUCAAUGUGCGCACUGUCCGGAACGGUUUCCCACCCGGCAAAGGCUGGAGCAUCAUCAGUUUUUGCAUACCGGCGUCAAGCAGCACUGCUGCGAUCAGUGCGGUAAGGCCUUUCGCUACAAGAAUAGUUUGGUUGAGCAUUUGGCGGCACACAACAACGAUCGACCGUAUGCAUGCGAAGUUUGCGGAAUGGCCUUCGUGCGGGAACGAACGCUCAAGGAGCACCGGCUGAAACAUUCGGAUAAACUGAACUAUUCGUGUCGUCACUGUAGUAAAAAAUUUAAAUAUUGUGCGGAUUUAUCGAAGCAUGUGCGUACACACAGUGAGGAGAUGAAGGCAACACAAGAAGAGGUCGACCAACAACUGAAUAAUGUACUUAAGAAGCAAUCUACCGAUAAGAUGUAGUGAAAGUUGUAUUUAUUUGCACAGAAAUCGUCUGGUUCAUACUUGGCUUCGAUUAAACAAAAUUUCAAAAA